GCGAGGCGGCGGGGCCCGGGGCUCGGGGGCGGCGGCGGCGGCGGCGGCGGCGUUGGCGCCCCGCGCGGGCUGGAGGCCGCCGAGGCUCGCCAUGCCGGGAGGGCUGUAGCUCCCCCAUGGAGUCGGCCGACUUCUACGAGGCGGAGCCGCGGCCCCCGAUGAGCAGCCACCUCCAGAGCCCCCCGCACGCGCCCGGCAGCGCCGCCUUCGGCUUUCCCCGGGGCGCGGGCUCGGCGCAGGCCCCCGCCCCACCUGCCGCCCCGGAGCCGCUGGGCGGCAUCUGCGAACACGAGACGUCCAUCGACAUCAGCGCCUACAUCGACCCGGCCGCCUUCAACGACGAGUUCCUGGCCGACCUGUUCCAGCACAGCCGGCAGCAGGAGAAGGCCAAGGCGGCCGCGGCCCCCGCGGGCGGCGGCGGCGGCGGCGGCGGCGGCGGCGGCGGCGACUUCGACUACGCGGGCGCCCCCGGGGGCCCCGGGGGCCCCGGCGGCGCGGCGAUGCCCGGCGGCGCGCACGGCCCGGCUCCCGGCUACGGCUGCGCGGCGGCGGGCUACCUGGACGGCAGGCUGGAGCCGCUGUACGAGCGCGUCGGGGCGCCGGCGCUGCGGCCGCUGGUGAUCAAGCAGGAGCCGCGCGAGGAGGACGAGGCGAAGCAGCUGGCGCUGGCCGGCCUCUUCCCCUACCAGCCGCCGCCGCCGCCGCCGCCGCCGCACCCGCACCCGCACCCGCACCCGCACGCGCACGCGCACGCGCCGCCCGCGCACCUGGCCGCGCCGCACCUGCAGUUCCAGAUCGCGCACUGCGGCCAGACCACCAUGCACCUGCAGCCCGGCCACCCCACGCCGCCGCCCACGCCCGUGCCCAGCCCUCACCCGGCGCCCGCCCUCGGCCCCGCGGGCCUGCCGGGCCCCGGCGGCGCGCUCAAGGCGCUGGCCGCUGCGCACCCCGACCUCCGCGCGGCGGGCGGCGGCGGAGGCGGCGGCGGAGGCGGCGGCGGCGGCGGCGGCGGCGGCGCGGGCAAAGUCAAGAAGUCGGUGGACAAGAACAGCAACGAGUACCGGGUGCGGCGCGAGCGCAACAACAUCGCCGUGCGCAAGAGCCGGGACAAGGCCAAGCAGCGCAACGUGGAGACGCAGCAGAAGGUGCUGGAGCUCACCAGUGACAAUGACCGCCUGCGCAAGCGGGUGGAGCAGCUGAGCCGCGAGCUGGACACGCUGCGGGGCAUCUUCCGCCAGCUGCCCGAGAGCUCCCUGGUCAAGGCCAUGGGCAACUGCCCGUGAGGCGCGGGGCGGCCGCCCGCUGGGACCCCGGGCGUGGAUUCGGGGCCCGGAUCCCCAGGCUGCCCCCCGCGGCGCAGGCCCGGCCUGGGAGGCUCCGGGCCGCCAGGGAGCCCGGCCCGCCGGUUCGGUGCGCCCAGGCCCAGGCCCAGGCCCAGGCCCAGGCCGGGGGGUGGGGGUGGGGGGUCAGGCCGUGCCUUCUCCCCGAAGGAGGGAAGCGCCGUGGGGCCGAGCCCCGAGCCUGGCGACUCUAGUAUUAAGGAAUAACCUCGUGCCUUGGAAACGCAAACUCGCCGCUCCGAUUCCUACCGAGUAGGGGGAGCCCAUAGGUGCCUUGUCAUUUUAUUCGGAGGGUUCCUGCCGCGGCCCCGAGGUGCAGGCCCCCACCCCCGGGGAGAGAGGGCAGUGUGCAGGCCCGCGGCUGCUCCAAGGGUCAGGGAUGUCUCGGCGCCCGUCCUCGUCCUCGGGAGGGAGGACGUACAGGGACUCGGAAGGCCGUUACCCUAGUUCUACAUGAAGGUGGCGGGUCCCUAGCUCCCUGCCCUCCAGUCUCCCAGCCUGUCACCGGCUGGGCUUCCCUGGGCAGAACUCACUGAGAUGGGGGUCACCGGGAGACCGGCGGGAGCCCCUCCACCCCCACCCCCACCCCCGGUCGGGCCAGGGCAGGCCAAAGCUAUCUGGACAUGUGUUCGUGGGAGUGGUAGCCUGGUGGCAGAGGGAAACCUAGAGAUCUGGCCCGGGGUGGGGGUGGGGGUGGGAGUGGGGUGGGGAGGUGGGGUGAAGGGACACUGGGACCAUCAGCCUUGUACUGUAUGUUGCCAGCAUUGCCAUACAAACAUGAAGCACAAUCUGUCCAUCCCAGAGGGACCGAAGUUAUGAGAAGCUUUCCAAAUAUUUUGCUUUAUCAGCCGAUAUCAACACUUGUAUCUGGCCUCUCUGUGUCCCAGCGGUGCCUUGUGCAAUGUGAAUGUGCACGUCUAUGCUAAACCACCAUUUUAUUUGGUUUUUGUUUUGUUUUGGUUUUGCUCAGAUACUUGCCAAAAUGAGACUCUUUGUCAGCAGCUGCAGGGAGGGUCUGCGGCUCUCUUUCCUUUUGGUUUUGGGGGAUCGCUUUUGCUCCCAGGGGAACCAAAGAGGUGAGGUGGGCUUCCUCUUUCCCUGGGGGGUUGGGGGGCCGUGGGCCUUGGUGCCCUCCGGCCUGGGCCGCCCACAGGCUUGUCCUGCCCGCCCCCCCCCCCAGAGGCCCUGGCUCCUGGUCUGGAAGGGAGGUGGCCUCCAGCCAGCAUGCGCAGAUCGCUGGGGCUGGGAGCAGGGAAGGACAGCUUGGUUCUCUUCUUUGGGGAGAACGUAGAGUUUCAUGCUAGAUGUUUUAUGUAUUAUAUCUAUAAUAUAAACAUAUCAAAGUAAA